UUCUCCCACAGGGCUGUCUUACACACCCUCAGCAAGAGCCAGACCAUCGAAAAGUCAGGGACCAGAGACUUCACAAUCUGUUGGCUUCGUUUUUUAAAAGGGGUCUUUACAAUCAUCUGGCUGGUAGCCAUCAGAAGAGGAAUAAGAAGCAAAGGUUUAGAUGGCCUGUUUCAAGUUUCUGAUAUAAAAAGAGGAAGUUUUCAGAGAAAUCCUGGCAAAACUAAAAAAAGGAUCAGGACAGUUUUGCCUACAUCUCUGCUUCCUCACUGCUGCUUUUGGAGACGUGACUCACAAAUUCUCAAGAAGAAGCAACUAACCUAAGUGUUUGAAAUCAAAGAGCCUCACGAUGGCCAAUUUCCGACUUCUGAUAGAAAAAGCGGGGGUUUUCAGAGAAGCACUGGUGUGGCAUAGAGCCUGAGAAUGUACGUUUCUAGCAAGCUCCCAAGUGAUGCUGAUGCUGCUGGUCUGGGGGCCACACUGUGAGAACUACUACUAUUGACCUUCCUACACCAUAGAAUCACCCAGACGGAUUUUUAAAAGAAGAACGUUAUAGCUCUAACAUGAGUGAACAAGUAACUCUACCUGAAAUGACCCAAGACUGGACCAAAGAACAUGUGAAAAAAUGGGUUACUGAAGAUCUUAAGAUUGACGAGAAAUAUGGGCAAAUUCUGCUCAAUGAAGAAGUGACAGGAUUAGUCCUGCAGGAAUUAACUGAGAAGGACCUUACAGAUAUGGGGCUGCCACGGGGUCCAGCACUUUUGAUAAAACGUGGGUAUAACAAAUUGAAUAAUAGCUCCCCUGAAAGUCACAAUCAAGAUUUUGAACAAUUAGAUCAUACAAAAACUUCUAAAAAAGAACAGAAAAAGGCAAAAAAGGAAAAAUCAAUAUCAUCCAGUAUUGAUCAUGAUCUCACAGAGAUUGGAGACAUCAAAGAACGAGAAUCAAUUCUUAUGAAAGAAAAUGCAACAAACGAAGUAGCGGCCACUAAAGACAAAAAAAAGAAUAAGGUAAAAACUGAACAGUUGACUUGCAUGCCAUAUCCUUUUGAUCAGUUUCAUGACAGCCAACGUUAUACAGAGCAUUAUAUUCUACAACCUGAAACAGGACCACUCAACCUCAUUGACCCCAUACAUGAGUUCAAAGCCCUCACAAAUACAGACACGGCCACAGAAAAGGACAUUCAUAUGAAAUUUAGCAAUGAAGUCUUCCGAUUUGCAUCAGCUUGUAUGAACUCACGUACAAAUGGUACCAUCCAUUUUGGAGUCAAGGACAAACCCCAUGGAGAAAUUGUUGGUGUGAAAGUCGCUAGUAAGGAUGACUUCAUUAACCACUUCAAUCUAAUGAUCAAACAGUAUUUUGAAGACAGUGAUAUCAAGGAAGCCGAGAAGUGUAUUCGGCAGCCAAGGUUUGUGGAAGUCCUACAGCAGAACAAUACACCAUCUGACAAAUUUGUCAUUGAAGUAGAUGUUAUUCCAAGACAUUCUGUAUGUAAAGACAAGUAUUUCUACAUUAACAUGCAAAUUUGUAAAGAUGGAUCAUGGAGACAAGACAAAGACUAUUCACUAUUUGUGAGAUAUGGGGCUAGCUCCAAGGAUAUCCUCGCCAAUGUCAGGCAACGGGAUGCAGAUUUCAAAGCAUUUACACUAAAUUUUGAGUCAGUGGUAGCAUCUAGAAAAGAGGCAGAAGAAGAAUAUGGAGUGAAGGCAAAUAAGAAGGAGAGUGAAGGACUAAAACUGGCUAAACUUCUCAUAGGAAGCCGCGACUCACUGGAUGAUUCAUACUAUGACUGGUACAUUCUUGUAACAAACAAAUCCCAUCCAAACCAAACAAAGCACUUAGAUUUUCUAAAAGAAAUUAAAUGGUUUGCUGUGUUGGAGUUUGAUCCUGAAUCUGUGAGCAAGGGGGUAGUCAAAGCUUACAAAGAAAGUCGAGUAGCAAACCUUCACUUUCCAGAUCAGUAUGAAAAAAAGGCAGCCACCAUUAGAGAGAUGAUAUUUACCCUGAAUCUUUACGAGCAGCCCAGCUGGAUCUUCUGCAAUGGCAGAUCAGACCUGAACAAUGAGACAUAUAAACCUCUAGACCCACACUUAUGGCAGAGAGAAAGAGCUUCUGAAGUCAGAAAACUGAUUUUGUUUCUCACAGAUGAAAACAUAAUGACAAAAGGAAAAUUUUUGGUAGUUUUCCUAUUAUUCUCUUCAGUGGAAAGCCCAGGAGAUCCACUCAUUGAAACUUUCUGUGCUUUCUACCAAGCUCUCAAAGGGAUGGAAAAUAUAUUGUGUAUCUGUGUAAAAUCACAGAUUUAUCAGCGGUGGAAAGAUCUACUACGAACAAGAUUGACAAUAGCAGAUGAAUUAACAAACCACAGUAUUUCCACUUUAAAUUUAGAACAGAUAAAUAGUACUAUUCUUAAACUAAAAUCAGUGAUUCAGUCAUCAAGAAGAUUUCUGCCCUCCCGUGGAUCUUCUUCUGUUAUCCUAGAGAAGAAGGAAGAGGAUCUCUUCACUGCACUGGAAAUCCUCUGUGAAAAUGAGUGUAAAGACACAGACAUAGAGAAAGAUAAAUCUAAAUUCCUAGAAUUUAGGAAAUCAAAAGAAGAACACUUUUAUCGAGGUGGCAGAGUAUCCUGGUGGAAUUUCUAUUUUUCUUCUGAAAAUUAUUCUUCAGCCUUUGUUAAAAGGGACAGUUAUGAACACCUUAAAGAUUUGAUACAGUGCUGGGCAGAGUCUCCUAAACCAGUAUUUGCAAAAAUCAUCAAUCUUUAUCAUCAUCCAGGCUGCGGGGGGACUACAUUGGCUAUGCAUGUCCUCUGGAACCUAAAGAAAAACUUCAGAUGUGCUGUGUUAAAAAAUAAAGCAACUGAUUUUACAGAAAUUGGAGACCAAGUGACCAAUCUGAUCACCUAUAAGGCAACCAGCCACCAGGAAUACAUUCCCGUACUUCUCCUUGUGGAUGACUUUGAAGAACUGGAAAACAUCUGCAUUCUACAGGAUGCCAUCAAUUCCAGUUUAGCAAAGAAGGGUUUGCGAUAUGAAAAAACACUGGUUAUUAUCUUAAAUUGCAUGAGGUCCCAGAAUCCUGACAGAAGUGCAAAAUCGGCAGACAGUGUGGCACUAAAAUACCAACUUUCUCCCAAGGAACAAAGAGCUUUUGAGGCCAAACUGGAAGAAAUCGAAAAGCAGCACAAGAACUGUGAAAAUUUUUAUUCCUUCAUGAUCAUGAAAAGCAAUUUUGAUGACAUGUAUAUAGAAAAUGUAGUCAGGAACAUCCUGAAAGGACAAAAUGUUGACAGUAAAGAAGCACAACUCAUUUCUUUCCUGGCUCUACUCAACUCUUAUGUUAUCAAUUCUACAAUUUCAGUGUCACAGUGUGAAUUUUUUUUGGGAAUAACAUCUGCUAGGACACCCUGGGAACCUGAAACCCUGGAAGACAAGAUGGGAACCUAUUCUACACUUCUAAUAAAAACAGAAGUUGCAGAAUAUGGGAGAUACACAGGUGUGCGCAUCAUUCAUCCGCUGAUUGCCAUUGCCUGUCUAAAAGAACUGGAGAAAAGCUACCACUUGGAUAAAAGUCAAAUUGCACUGAAUUUAUUACGUGAGAAAUUAUUCUAUGUUUCCGGAAUAGGAAGAGAGAAAUUUCUCCAUGAUGUCCAAACACUUCUGCUUACAAGGCAGCGCAGGGAGUAUGGUGAUGAAACAGACACUUUGUUUUCUCCAUUAAUCGAAGCUUUACCAAACAGUAAAAUUGAAAACGUCUUGACUGCAGGGAGUAUUCAAUUCCCACAAAAUGCAUUUAUUUGCCAAGCCUUAGCAAGAUACUUCUACAUUAAAGAGAAGGACUUUAACACUGCUCUGCAUUGGGCAAAUCAAGCCAAAAAGAUAGCACCUAAAAAUUCCUAUAUCUCAGAUACAGUUGGUCAGGUCUACAAAAGUAAAAUAAAAUGGUGGUUGGAUGAAAAUAAAACCUGUAGGGAAGUAACUGUUAAAGAUCUAACACAUUUCCUAGAAACAGCUGAAAAGGCCUCAGGUGCUUUCAAAGAGUCUCAAUGGCAAAAUGAUAGUAAAGACUAUGAACCGGAGGUCUGGCCACUACAGAAGUACCAAAGGAAAUAUGACAUGUAUAACACAGCUGGUUUCCUGGGUGAAAUAGAAGUCGGUCUUUACAGUAUUGAGAUUCUUCAGCUCACUCCCCUUUUCCACAAAGAAAAUGAAUUGGCUCAAAAACCUCUGGUGCAAUUUUUAUCAGGAAUAGGGGACAUUCUGGCUGAUCCAGAAAAUGAGUAUCAUUUGACUCUUAAGAAUUUCACAUCCUACCUACAAAAUUUACGAUUAGAUUUGAAAAAGUGCUUUGAUUUCUUUGUUGAUUAUAUGGUUCUUCUGAAAACAAGGAAUACCCAUAAAGAAAUUGUGGAAAGCAUAUUAAGCAAGAAAGUCAGCCGUUAUUACAGGAAAUACACAGAAAUUUUCUGCCACUUGGGUUUGGAUCCGUUACAAAGCAAAGAGUUACUUCAAGAGGAGAAUUACAGGAAAAGUCUAGAAGCUUUGAGAGCGGAUAGGUUUUCUGGACUCCUGGAAUAUCUUAACCCAAACCACAAAGAUGCUGCAAACACAGUGGAAAGGAUAGUGAACCAGUAUGCCCUCCUAUUUCAGCAAAACUUAAAUAAAAAGCUGAUAAAGGAGAAACAAAAUUUCAUCUUGGCAAACAUUAUUCUCAGUUGUCUAAAACCCAGCUCCAAGUAUAUUCGACCAUUUAACAUACUGAAAAAACAGCUCCGAGAAGUCUUGGAAUUAGUAGAGCCAACUCAUCAAUAUCCAGACCCUUAUUUCUUGGCCUGCCUCCUGUUCUGGCCAGAAAAUCAAGAGUUAGAUCAGGAUUCCAAACUAAUGGAAAAAUAUGUUUCAUCUUUAAAUAGAUCCUUCGGGCGACAGUACAGGCACAUGUGCCGGUCCAAGCAGGCCAGCACACUUUUCUAUCUGGGGAAGAGCAAGGGUCUUCACAGUAUUGUUCACAAGGCUGAGAUAGAACAGUACUUCAGUAAAGAACAAAAUACAAAUUCCCUAUGGCAGAGUGGCGAUGUGUGGAAAAAAAAUGAAGUCAAAGAUCUCCUGCGUCGUCUAACCGGUCAGGCUGUGGGCAAGCUAAUCUCUAUAGAAUAUGGAACAGAGGAAAAAAUAAGAAUACCAGUGAUAUCAGUUUAUUCAGGUCCACUCAGAAGUGGUGGGAACAUAGAAAGAGUGUCCUUCUACCUAGGCUUUUCCAUUGAAGGCCCUCUGGCAUAUGAUAUAGAAGUAAUAUAAGAUCCAUCAGUCCAAAUAUGUUUAUUCGUAUCUCUCUUUGACUUUUUCCCCUCUGUAUUCACGUGGCAUUUUCAUGGCGUUAUUGGCAUAACUCUGAUAAUUAUGAUGUCAAUAUCAGAUUCUGCGUUUUUCUCCUCAACUAUACUUUUUUUAAGGCACAAAAUAUGCCUACAAACAGAGCCUGGCACACAGAGAGUCAAUCAAUUAAUGUUCUUAAAUAUGCAUUUUCAGACUAACAUAUUUAAUUACUAAGUUUCAAUGGAUAUCCACUGGUCACAGCCUAAUUAUAAAUCAAUAAAAUCUGUUUUAAUUCAA